AUGCAGCGCGGGGUGCCGGCGGGGGCCCCACGUUCCCUUGGGGCCUCCGCUCAGGUGGCUUCCGAACCCCUAGCAUGUGAAACCUUGCCCCUUUACUCUAUCGACUUGGACGGGGUCUUUGCGAGCCUCAGAGGGUUAAAGGGCCCUCCUGAUGUGGAUGCGAAGAACAGCAACAGCCCCACCCUCUUGGCGUUGGAGAGCCAGAUCCGGGCAAACCCCUUUGACAAGCAGACAUGGGAUUCGCUUCUUGCUGAGAACCCCUCCACGGAGGCCUUCGAACGGGUGCUCGAGAUUUUCCCGACGUCUGCGGACUUCUGGAGGCGCUUGGCGGAGUUUGAGCUCCAAAGACAGGGAACGCAAAAGGCAAAUAGCGUUUAUAAACGCAGUCUUUGCGCGUGUUCGCAACUCGAGCUAUGGAUGUCCUACGUGAAAUUCGUGUAUUGCACGGGAUCUGUCAGUGACUUUCGCCUGGCUCUCACUCGUGCAGUGGAGAUGGCCACGGGGCCCUUAGUUCCCACCGAAGUCGAACAGAGGGCCUUUAGGACGCCAGGGGGCCCCGGGGGGAAGGCUCUUAUCGACGAAUACGCAGAUCUCAACGUCCUUCGGAGUGCUUUCCAGUCUUGUCUGGGAACCGCCAUCGCGGGAUUGGACGGCGUGUGGGCUGGAUACUGCGCCUUCGAGAGGAGUGUCGGUUCAAAUCCCCAGCUGAGCGCCAAAAUCCUUGCACCAUUCGAGCAACGCUUUGCCGAUGCACGAAAGGCGCAUGCAGAGCUGGCGCGUCUAACGCGGGAUAUUGAUUGGUUGACUGCUGCGGUACCCCUCACUGUCACCGAUAAGUCACGCCAAGCGCAUGUGGACGCGUGGCGCUCAGUCUUGGCGUUCGAAAAGACUAACCCUUUGAAGCUGUCUCCCCCCCAGUUCUGCCAUCGGGUUUCGCAAGCCUUCCAAACGUGCCUCCUGUCCUGCGCCUUUCACGCGAAUAUUUGGUUCGAUUUCUUCCAAUUCCUGCUCGCGCAGCACAUGCCCACGAGAGCAUCCGAAGUGUUGCGUCGGGCGAUCGAUAGGUUUCUUCCUGGGGAUGAGCUGCUGCAAAUAAUUCUGGCAGAGUUUCUUGAAGAUCGCCGCUUGACCAAAGCGGCAGACGCGGUUUACAGAAACGCCCUGAGUGCCACUACUCUCAUAGGGGCUGGCCCGGAAGGAGGACCCCUUCCUCCCGCAAACUUCAGGACAUCCCCAGUUCUCUUGCUGCGUUACCUUGACUUCAUAAGGAGGUCAUAUGGUAUAUCUGCUUGGCGCGCUUGUUUUGAAGAAGUGUCUCAGCUGGAGGGCUGUAGCUGGCAGGUUUUUAUUGGGCAGGCACGAACUGAAUGGCGACUCACUGGCAGCGAGACCCACGCCCUGGGGGCCCUCAGGAAGGGGGCCCUUCGGUACAGGGCCCACCCGCAAUUUGUUGCAGCCUACGCAGACAUGCUGCUCGAUAUGAAACGCCUAGACGGGGCUCGCGAGUUACUUCGUCAGAGCGUCUUGACACUUCAGGCGGAGCUGGGGACCGGCAGUCGCCUCCUUUGGAAGAAGUGGAUCCGUCUGGAAGCGCAAUACGGAGACGCAUCAUCUCUCCGCGCGGUAGUGGAGCUGCGGGCGAUGCAGCGGCUGAACACAGACUUGGACUUGGGAAUUAUGGGCUUUGAGCGGCGAGAGGAGCAGUCGGGGGAAGGGGAGGCGGCUUCGCCUGCUGCUAUCAUAGAACAAGAGACACUGUGCAAUCUCCCCCACAAAAGGGGAGCCGGGGAGAUGGAGCCCCGAGAGAUCGCAUGCGCUAAGCUGAACAUUAGGAAGAGGCAGUUUAUGGGAGGAGACUCCCUACAAGAUCUGUACGAGCUGUACACGACAUGCGAUAUGGCCCCUAAGACUUCUAUGCUGGAGGCUUUGGGUUCCCCGGAAGACACCGAAGCGGAGCGUUUGUUGGGGGCGGAGGGGGGAAAAGGAAGGGUACCAGCAAAAGAUGAGGAGGACGAUAUAGAGGAGGAGGCCCCAGCAGCUAGGAAGGCCGCACAGACAGCUGCCCAGUAUGCCAUGAUUGCACGGCCCGAUAUAGACAGUAUGGCUGCCUUUCACCCUGAGUUAUCGAUCCUGUACCACCCGGACUCCGUGCAGCAAGCCCCACAUGGAGCUGCGAAUUCAAUGGAAGCCCAAGCAGCCAGGGAGAUCCCCAUUUUUGCGCCCCCCAAGAUUCUUUGUGAUAUAGUCGCCCUCCUACCCAAGGCCAACGGAAAGCUCUCUGCGGAUCCUGACAUGGUGGACUACCUGAUGGCCACUUUGCAGGCGACGCGUCUACCGUCGUUUUUUCCCAUGGAGCACCGGCCCUUGGUUGUCAAAGACCUCUUGGCCCUGCGGCAUUCUCAGUUGCACUGUCUUCAAGCUGCCAGACGCAGAGAAGGACGCAAUGAGGACUCAGAUGCCCCAGGGGGACAUUCUGAACGCGACGAGUUGUCUGAUGCAUCGUCAGCAGAGGACAUCCAGCGUCCGGCACUUUCGCAGCCGGCUAGCCAGCUAGCUGGUCAGGUAGCUGAUUUCUCUCGGCCCACACUGGGUACUACUGGAGUGCAAGUGGCCCCUGCCAUGUACGGGGCUCCCCACUUGAUGAUGCCGGCGGAUAGUAUGAUGCAGGCACGCCGCGUGCUGACUCCAGCAGUAAUACCUGGAGUACGGCCAAUCUGGACAGGCGUGAAUAUGCUUCCAGGUCACUACACCCAUCUUGCAGCCCCGCAGCUGCAUCCAGCAGUAGCGCUGCCGUACGGUAUCUCCAUGGCGGCGAGGCCCAUGCAGGGUGUGCCACUGGCGCGGCAGCCACUGCAUGUUUGGAGAGUGCCAGAGCAGGCAGCUCGAUCCUUUCAACCGAAGAAGAAAACACGCUGA